GUGGCUUCAACUUUUACUGAAAUUUUACGUCUCUGUCUACAAUGAAGUACUCCAAGUAAGCGUAAACACGCUAAUGUCGGUUGCACGCUGAAAUACCUGGCCGACUGCUAGCCUUGAUGUCACGUGACGAUUGACAUGCCCUUCAACCGCGAAAGACAUCCACAUGCACCUUGGCCAAACGAACACUAGCACAACUUCACGUGGUGUCCCGUGUUCGCUCUUCACACACAUACCAAUUAUCUCUCUCUCCCUCUCUCUGGAUAUUGCGCCGCGCUGGAAACUGCAGCAAAAAAAAAAAAAAAAGCUAUUACAGCCGGGAGGAAUCGUUAAGGCCUGCAAAAUAACAUAGCAGAGUGCAGGCGUAGGGCAGUUGGUGACUCAUGAUUUUGGGAAGUUGCCCCAAGCAAAACAAGAGACUUGAAGGAAGGGACAACACGAAGCGCUUAAUUGGUUAAUCAAUAAAGAAAGCGAAAUUAAGCAUCGAAAGAGUGCGCGACAGAAGCCUGAAAUGAGGGGAAAGGGGGCAUGACCCGCGGAGAGUCGUCUGCUGCUUUCUUUUAAUUUGUUCGUGCGUAAUUCGUGCGCUUUCCUGUAUCGAACGACGACGCACAUGAGAUCACGGUCACCCCAAGUUCGACGCCGUGCGUGCGCUCAAUUGACCAGAUUUACGAGGGGCAGGGAAAAAAAACAACAAAAAACUUGGGAGAGAGAAGUGGUUCUUGUGGGAAAGGAGGAAAGUCUGGCACUAUCUUCUGCAACCCAUGCGGGAGCACGGCUCAGCGACAGCAGGGUGGGGGAGAUGGGAUUAAAAGAAAGAGAGGGUAGGAGGGAGAAAGGUAGAGGGUCGUCCCAGCAGCAUCAAAGCAGCCCGGCCGGGAGGGCCCAGUGGGUUCGACCGGAGGAGUAGGCCACUUGGGAGAUUGCCAUAUAGGUUUCAUUCUGAAUGAACAAGGAGCGCACAAAAAAGAAAACAAAAAGCAGAAGCAUAAACGCAUAGCUCAAACGGACAAGGAAAGUGCCUAUAAGGUGGCGUCGCAAGACUACUGACGCAGGAGAGCGCGAACUUAAGUAUUAUAGUUGUUCUGUGGCGGGUCGUAGAAAUGCCACUCUCCCUUUAUCUUUCUUUUUUCGCUUCGCGGCUCCCGCGCUUUCCCUACUUCUAGAAAGUUAACAUCCGAGAUCGAAGGUGUCAGGACGCCACGCUUGCCGAUGCAAGCCAGCUGUCUCGACCCCGGGUGCGUGUCGCAUGCGGCGGUGAUUUGGGAAUGCGUGGCACUCAUCGGCGAACCGAUCGGGCGAAGAAAGAUCUCGCGGGUAGCGCACGAGAGCCCAAUUCGUCCUUCAACCAAGAACUAGGUCCUGCGGAUUUUCCUGUUCCCAUGCACGAGGGCAGGGAAGACGUAAGAGGGUGAAGGCGACGUGGGAAGGCGAGGAAACGCUACCACGAGACAAGACGACGGUUGCGGACAAACGGGAUAAACUUAAGUUCAAGGUAUGCUACGAGGGCAGCCCAAAAACUCCCGGCCCGCAUGACUACCGGCAGAAUGAGAAGAUGACGGCCUGCCGUCACCUCUAGAAACUGUUUCCUGCCUGCGAAACCUGCACGCGGGCUAGCUAUAUAAACAUGGAGGGAAGCCAGGAGUGUCAGCAGCUGCGACCGUCUUCACGGCAGCGCCAGCGGAAGGGGCGGCCACCACCAGCGGGACCAGACGGUCCGCGAUCAUGGCUGGUGGCUGUCGCCUGCGGGUGGAACCUGUUCUGGACUACUCUCUUUCGUCGCUCCACAGGAGUCAUCUACGUGGCCCUGAUCCACAAGUACAGCGCCACACGUGAACAAAGCAGCUGGGUGCUCAGCGUCAGCACCUGCAUCGCCUGGCUGAUCGGUCCUGUCGUCGGCAUCCUCACGAAGUAUGUACCGCUGAUGGCGUUGGCUUUUGCGGGAAGCCUGGUGACUGCCGUGAGCGCCAUAGGCUGCGCCUUCGCUGGGGACAUGACGGCCGUCUUCCUGCUGCUUGGAAUCUGCAGUGGUAUCGGCAACGGGUUGGGGAUGCCUACUAAAGACGUGAUCAUCGGCAAGUACUUCAAGCGAUACCGAGGCUCAGGCAACGGCAUCUACUUCACGCUUGGCACAUUGGCCGGGUUCGCUUUCCCACCGAUCCUACACCUCCUGCUACAGGAGUACGGCUUCACGGGCGCCUUCCUCAUCACGGGCGGUCUUAUGCUCAACGCCCUGCCAGCGUGCAUGUUAUUCAAGGUGCCCCCCUGGGAGGCAUCGAAAUCUGCGCGCACCAAGAUCUCGCCCGCGACAGUGGCUGCUGACACACCCUCCAACACAGAGCAGCAACGAGAGUCAGCAGCGAAUCCGGAACUUUCGGAACGAGUGGCGACGAUUAAUGGUACCAACAAGGCGGGAACGUCCGCCGACGCCGAACUUAACUGCACCGCGCUCAAGGACGUGCAAUUGAAACCUUUCGUCAAGAGCACGUCAAUUUUGCAAAACAACGAGGAUAUUGCCUCUUACGCGAACGGGUCUUCGCCCGACAACCAAUCGGACAUCGUUUGCGUGUCUACCCGCGAAAUCUCCGAAGCACGUGCUCCAGCUGUCGCAAACGGCAUUGCGACCACGUACGAGUUUCCUUCCUUUCCUGAACCUAUACAGUACGGGCCCAUUUCCUUCGGCUUCCUCAAGAGAAAACAAAGCGCUCACGGCGACACUCCUACGGACUCGCGCUUGGACGGCAGUUGCAACGUUCAAAAUGGUGGAGCCGUUGGCACCGGCAACAAUGGUGCCGUCGCACCUGCGUGGCCUUUGUCCGAGCCGGAAGUCAUCGUCGUCGACGGAUGUUCCGAAGCCGUCACCGUCGACGCCGCGGUCAAGGGACUCUGUCGCCAGACGUCGGCCCGUCCAGACGCUCUGGAGGCAACCGGCGAAGGCGGGGGCUCGUCGCACUGGAGCUUCCUUCGGGCGCCCGUCUUCUACAUGGUGGCCGUGACGUACGCCUUCUCGGUUUACACGCAGCUGGUUCUGAUGAUCCUCGUCGACUUCGCUGUCGACAAGGGCUUCACGCGCCGCGACGGCGCAGUGUUUCUCUCGGUGUCCGCCAUCGGCGACGCCUGCGCCCGGCUCUUGGCCGGCGCGCUGUCGGACCGGGCCUUCUGCGACCGGCGAGUACUCAUGAGCGCCAGCGCGAUGCUCACGGGCGCGCUGUGCGUCUCGCUGCCCACCAUCCGACCCGACGGCUACGCGGUGACGGCGCUCAUGUGCGCGUUGUUAGGCUGGAGCAAUGGUACCGUGGUCGUGAUGUUCGGGCCCGUGCUCGCCGACCAGCUGGGAGUGGAGAACUUGGGACUUUCGUCGGGCGUCACCCGGUUCGUGAUGGGCCUGGCUUACCUGGCGUGCCCCAAGAUCACCGGUUACUACAAGGACGAAAUCGGGUCAUACGAUGGACUCCUUCAAAUGAUCAGCAUUGGCUCUUUCUUCGUGUGCUUAAUGUGGACCACGGACUUCUUUUAUAGACUCGUCAAAAGACAUCGCAAGAGUAGUGCAUCUUGACGCAGUAUGCUUCACGUGUACAUGGCUGCAGUGAUAGUACAAUGGACAUUUGUUGAUCACAUAGCAUUAGCUGUGCAGAAAAUGGACUAUGCCUUCAGUAUCCUGAACGUUCUUGCGUCCAAGACAAAAUGUCAGUGCACGAUCCUCCUGAGAUAUCCUUCAUUAAAUAAAG